AUGGUCUCCCAGGAAACAAUUAACCACGUUAAGCAAUUGAUCAACGAGAAGGAAAUUUUCGUUGCUUCCAAGACUUAUUGCCCCUAUUGCCAUGCAACCAUUAAGACUUUGUUCAAAGAACUAAAUGUUCCUAAGUCAAAAGCCUUAGUGUUGCAAUUGAAUGAAAUGGAUGAUGGUGCUGAAAUCCAACAAGCCUUAUUUGAAAUUAAUGGCCAAAAGACCGUUCCAAAUAUUUACAUCAAUGGUAAGCACGUUGGUGGGAACGAUAAAUUGCAAGACUUGAAAGAAUCUGGUGAAUUGGAAGAUUUAUUGGAGCCAAUCUUGGAGUAA